GGCGCGCGCCGUGCCUGGCACCGCCCGCGGGCUGAGGGAGAGGCGGGAACUGAGCCCCGCUACGCCCCUCGCCCCGUCCCGCCUCUCCGGCCCGGCGCUGGCCUCCGCAGCCGGAGAAGGCCGGGACGAUGCUGGAGACACUGCGGGAACGGUUGCUGAGCGUCCAGCAGGACCUCACUGCCGGGUUGAAGACUUUGGGCGACAAAUCAAGAGAAGCAAAAAAAAGCAGGCAGAGAACUGUUCAGUGUUUGCCAGAGUUUUCUGCUGGACUGGAAUUACUGAGCAGAUAUGAAGAUGCUUGGGCUGCCCUUCACAAAGGAGCCAAAGAUUGUGCAAAAGCUGGAGAGCUGGUGGAUAGUGAAGUUGUGAUGCUUUCUGCACACUGGGAGAAGAAAAGGAACAGUCUGAUGGAACUACAGGAUCAGCUCCAACAAAUACCUGGGUUUUUAGCAGAUCUGGAAUGCCUCACAGCAAGCCUAGCCCAGCUAGAGGCAAACUUUGAGGAAAUGGAGAAUCAUCUGUUGUGUCUUGAGGACCUAUGUGAACAGUGUGAGUUGGAAAGAUACAAAUGUAUGCAGACACUACAGCUGGAAAACUACAAGAAAACAAAAAGGAAGGAACUUGAGACCUUCAAAGCUGAGCUAGAUGCUGAACAUGCACAGAAGGUUUUGGAUAUGGAGCACACCCAGCAGAUGAAGCUAAAGGAGCGUCAGAAGUUCUUUGAAGAAGCCUUCCAGCAGGACAUGGAGCAAUACCUUUCUACAGGAUACUUGCAGAUAGCAGAGAGGCGAGAACCGAUUGGAAGUAUGUCUUCCAUGGAGGUGAAUGUGGACAUGCUGGAGCAGAUGGACCUAAUGGACAUGUCUGACCAAGAAGCACUUGAUGUCUUUUUAAACUCAGGAGGCGAAGACAAUAAUAUGCUUUCUCCCAUGCUGGGGCCUGAGUCCAACACCUACGUCAAUGAGAUAAGUCUUCAGGUUCCGAGCCAGUCUGAGUUACGACAGAAACUGUCUUCGCUGUCAUCAACCUGUACUGAUUCUGCCAGCCAAGAGGCGAGUGAAGGAGAGUCGCCAGUUAUUCAGUCUGAUGAAGAGGAAGUUCAAGUGGACACUGCUCUUGCUGCUGUAACUGAAAGAAAGGGUGCUUCAGAUGUUAGUGAUGAAAGUGACUCUCAAACUAUUUGAAUCUUAAAACCAUAUCCUUUAAAGAAUGACUUCUGAAUGAAUGAACAAGUGAAUGAAAAGCUUGCCUGUGUAACAAUUUGCUAACCAAGCAGAACAGCCAGAUCUUUUUACUUAGUAAUACCGCCUUUUUACAGAAUUGCCAGUCAUGUGGAGGUUGGUUUUUUUUUAAAAAAAAAAAGCCUAAAGCACACACACUUUAACAGUAGUCUUGGGGCUCAGGGGAGCAGUGAAGCUGUUGUAUAUACUAUGUAUAAGAGAAUUAAUGGGGAAAGAUACAAGUUACUUUGACCACUAACCUUUAAAUGGCUGAUUGGAAAUACUUAGCCUUGAUGUGUAAUACUGAACCCAAAUUGUUCCUUGCAUGUUUUCAGCUGCUGCAACUGAAGAUUUAGGAUCCGAACCAAAAUGACAAGUUAUUUUCUACUCUUUACUACCUACUGUCUGCCUACUGCCUUUGUCUACUAAUGCAGCACCGUCUACUCUCUCACACUUCUUAUUCAGGACCAACUUAGUUAUCAUAGGUGUUAAGGAAAAAAAAUAGAAACUGAAAAAGAGGAGCCAUGCAUAUCGAAAUGUUACACUCCUCGUGGAGCAGAUUUCUUAGCAUUGUAUAAACUUACUCCUCUUUCAAGAUAAAAUAAAGUAUUUCUAUCCCAACCAUGUCUUUUACUUGAUUACCCAAAUAUUUUAUUUAUGAUAGUGAACAGAGGAGACUAAUUCAGUAAUCAGGGGAAACAAAAAGGUUAUUUAUACUGAGCACCAGUGUAAUUUACUUUUCCAUGGUAACAGCUGUUUGACUACACUGAUGCAAGCCACCAGUUUAAAGGAAAUAAACCUGAAUGAAUUAUAAA